AUGGACGAGUCUCUCAUUAAUACGAUCAACAAGCUUCAGGAUGCUUUGGCUCCCUUGGGGGGCGGUUCUUCAUCUCCAAUUGAUUUACCUCAAAUCACCGUUGUUGGUUCACAAUCUUCUGGUAAAUCUUCCGUCUUAGAAAACAUAGUGGGAAGAGAAUUCUUACCAAGAGGUACUGGCAUUGUCACUAGAAGACCUUUGAUUCUUCAGUUGUUCAAUAGAAGGCCUUCAAAACAUGCGAAAAAUGAUUCUGAUUUAUUAGAUUUAAAUACACAUAAUGAUAAGGGAGAGAAAACAGAAAACAAUGCUGAUGAGUGGGGAGAAUUUCUACAUAUUCCAGGUAAGAAAUUUUAUGACUUUGACCAGAUCCGUCAAGAAAUUGUUAAAGCCACUGAUACCACUGCAGGUAAAAACGCAGGUAUCUCUCCCGUCCCAAUCAAUUUGAGAAUUUAUUCUCCUCAUGUUUUGACAUUGACAUUGGUUGACUUGCCCGGUCUAACCAAAGUUCCAGUUGGUGAUCAACCGGUAGAUAUUGAGAAACAGAUCAGAGAAAUGAUUAUGAAGUUUAUCUCCAAGCCAAAUGCAAUCAUCUUGGCUGUCAAUGCAGCAAACCAAGAUUUGGCUAACUCUGAUGGUUUAAAACUUGCUAGAGAGGUCGAUCCAGAAGGUAUGCGUACUAUUGGUGUUUUAACCAAGGUUGAUUUAAUGGACGAAGGUACGGACGUUAUUGACAUUUUAGCAGGCAGGGUCAUUCCAUUAAGAUCUGGUUAUGUUCCAGUCAUAAAUAGAGGUCAAAAGGAUAUUGAAAACCAUAAAACUAUCAGGGCAGCUUUAGAUGAUGAAAGAAAAUUCUUUGAAAAUCAUCCAUCUUAUAGCUCUAAGGCUCAAUAUUGUGGUACACCAUUUUUAGCUAAAAAGCUAAAUAAUAUCUUGCUCAAUCAUAUCAGGGCAACUUUGCCAGAAAUUAGGGCUAAAAUUGAAACAGCUUUAAAGAAAUAUCAGAAUGAAUUGGCUUCCCUAGGUCCAGAAACUGUAGAUUCUCCUUCCUCCACCGUAUUGAGCGUGAUCACUGAUUUUUGUAAUGAUUACAAUGGCGUUCUGGAUGGUCAUACUAAGGAUAUUUCAUCUAACGAACUUAGUGGUGGUGCUCGUAUCAGUUUUGUUUUCCACGAAGUUUUCAAAAAUGGUGUGUAUGCAUUAGAUCCAUUUGACCGUAUAAAGGAUGCAGACAUUAGAACCAUUAUGUACAAUUCUUCAGGUUCAGCACCUUCGUUGUUUGUCGGUACCGCAGCUUUUGAAGUUUUGGUCAAACAACAAAUAAAGAGGUUUGAAGAACCUUCUUUAAGGUGUAUUGCUCUUGUGUUUGAUGAACUGGUCAGGAUAUUAUCCCAAAUCCUAGCACAGCCAUCUUUUUCAAGAUUCCCAGCAUUGAAGGAAAGAAUUGCUGCUGUUUUCACUGAAUUCUUGCGUGAGAUUAUGAUACCUACCAACACAUUUGUUAGCGAUAUUAUUCACUCAGAAGAAUGUUAUAUUAACACUGCGCAUCCUGACUUGCUCAAAGGUUCAGAGGCUGUUGCUUUAGUCAAUGAAAAACUGCAUCCUACCAACACUGUUCAGGUUGAUCCGAAAACAGGAAAGCCUUUGAAGAAUUCACCAUCAAAUACCAAUUCCAGUGCAAGUACUGCAGUUGCACCAUCAGGGGAGGAUGAAAAAUCUGGCUUCUUUUCAGGAUUCUUCAGUUCCCGUAACAAGAAGAAGCUUGCUGCAAUGGAAGCUCCACCUCCUAUUUUGAAGGCUACUGGUGGAAUGAGUGACAAAGAAGUUGUUGAAACUGAGGUUAUCAAGCUCUUGAUUUCCAGUUACUUUGGCAUUGUUCAAAGGACUGUCGCUGAUAUUGUUCCUAAGGCAAUUAUGUUGAAGCUUAUCCAGCUUAGUCGUUCAGAUAUACAAAAGGUCCUCUUAGAAAAACUCUAUGCAGAUAAGAACAUUGAGACAUUGGUGAAAGAAAAUGAUUUCACUGUCGCACGUAGAAAGGAAUGUAAGAAGAUGGUUGAAGUUUUACGCAAUGCCGCCUCUAUUGUUUCUACAGUCUGA